GCUACGGAAUAACACUUGCAAUCAAUGAGAACGCCAGCGGAGAGAUAAAGAAACACCUGAACUUGUCAAAUGCUGAUACUAUACUCAUAUAUUGUUAAUUCUGCUUAACAGUUGAGUACUUUUCAAGUAGUUGCGCGGGUUCCGCUUCAACAAGCCGGACUGUAUAUUUGUUGGGCUUCGAUCGGGACAAUAAAAUGAAUGGGGGAAUUGCUAGGAACUGAUCAAUUAGACACUUCCCGGGCGACACAAGAUACUGGAUUGAGUACGCUAUCGGGGCAGCAGCACCGUCGAGGCGGCAUUUGAGAUCUGCGGCCAAAUGAAUUCAGUACGAGAACACAAGCGACUAGGCGAAACCAUCUGUCGCCAAAUGCGGCUGGCUCUGUUUAUGCUGGGCCUAUGGGCGGUGCGGACGCAGGCCCUGGGAUUUGACUGGCUGACCCCUAUGCCUGACAUUACCAUCGAUGAGUGCCACGAUGACUAUCUCUUAGCCUGCGCUAAUGCUUCGCUGACCUUCUCCGAUGCCUUUGAUCUGUGCGAACAGACGGCCAACGAGACGAAAAUUGAGCUCUCUAUAGACGAGGAGGUGGAGCGACUACAAAUUGAGCUGGGCGCCAGUGAAGUGUGUGGCAAUCUCCACAUCUGUGACACCCUGGAGAAUGAUCUCGAUUACUUCAAGUGCAUCAGCGAUAAUGGGAGUCGCAAUAUUGACAUUCUCUCCGAAAUCACAUACAAUUCCACCAGUGCACUUACGCGACUUCGGGAGGACUACGAUGAUGUGUAUCGCACCUAUCUACUCUGCACCCUGGACGCACAGAAGAACUACAUUGAAAACCUGCGUGAGGCCUACACGGAGCUCAGCCAGUGCCGAGUCGACGCAGGCGAUUAUUUGUAUUAAAGAGCACAAAUAUGUGUGGUAGAUUAACCCAA